AUGUCUGUGGACCAUUCUGUGGAUCAGUGCAGUCGUUUUAGAGGAGGCUCCAAGUUUAUCAUGGAAUCCCUGGCGACCAGUUGUGAUCACAAUUUUGUGGAGUAUUUUCAUAAAGCUCCCGACAUGGUGGAUAUUUACACAUUUCGUGUUGUAAAACUGGCUAAAGCCUUUACCAUCGAUUUUGCUGUGAGGGUCGUGAAGACAAAGAGAGUUAUGUACAAGGUAGAUAACUUUGAUGGCUGCCAAUUCCUGAUGAAUCCCCUGAUGAAUCGCGUUUUCGGAACUGUAUACAAACGGCUGGUCGUGAAUGGCAGUUUCUUUAGUUGCCCAAUUAAGCCAGGGGUAUAUUACAUUCGGAACGAGGGUUCCGUGGCCAUGUUGCCGGUGUUCCAGCCGCCUGGAAGAUACCAAAUCACCAUGCGCGUCAGGAUGCGAGAAAGUAGGGACCCCUUUGUGAUGGAAAUGCUGUGGGUAUACAGUGUAGUACGAAUUAAAUAA